AUGAACAACUCCACUAUUUCGAGCAUAACAGAUUCGCCGAAGACCGUAACUCACGACACAGGCGAUAACGCCUGGAUGAUGACAUCCGCUGUAUUGGUUCUUCUAAUGACACCAGCUCUAGCUUUCUUCUAUGGCGGUUUGGUUGAUCGCAAAAAUAUUCUAAAUCAACUGUUUCUCUCAUUCAUCUGCAUGGGUAUCGUAUUUGUACAAUGGGUACUAUUUGGCUUUUCCUUUGCAUUUGGACCACCCAUCAGUGCCGGUUUUGGUUCAUUUGGUUGGUCGAUAUUACGAUUUGGUGAAGCUAAUAAUGGUAUCUACAGUCCAACAUAUCCAUUAUUAACAUUUGCGAUGUAUCAAGGUACAUUUGCUAUUAUUACACCAGCAUUAAUUUCUGGUGCUAUAGUUGGCCGAAUGAAACUCAUUCCUUACAUGCUGUUCAUUUUCAUCUGGUCGACAGUCUGCUACGAUCCAAUGGCACAUUGGGUAUGGGGUAGUAACGGAUGGUUGAAGCAGCUCGGCACACUUGACUUUGCUGGUGGUACCGUUGUACAUAUUCUUUCGGGUGUUUCUGGCCUUGUUGCCGCAGCUAUACUCGGUAAACGAUCUGAUUAUGAUCCUCGAAGUACUGCUGCUCACAAUCUUCCAUUCACCAUCUUGGGAACUGGUCUUCUCUGGAUAGGAUGGUGCGGCUUCAAUGGCGGUUCAGCUAAUUUAGCGAAUGGUGUGGCUGCCCUCGCCUUAAUUAAUACAAACGCUGCUGCAGCUGCUGGCUUACUAACGUGGGUGAUAAUUGAUGCUAUUCGUGGACACGUCUCAAUAUCUGGUGCUUGUGUUGGGCCUAUUAUUGGUCUUGUUGCUGUAACACCAGCAUGCGGCUUCAUUCAGCCAGGAUGGGCAUUAUUUUUUGGUGUAUUCUCCACUUGUAUCAUCUAUUGUCUUCUUCUAUCCAAGAGAUACAUGCAUUUAGACGAUACAUUAGACGUAGCGUUUGUGCAUGGCGGAGCUGGUAUCUUGGGAGCUUUUAUGACUGGUUUAUUUGCUGAACAGACAGCAAAUCCAUCAGGUGGCUAUGAUGGUGCCUUCUACGGUCGACCAAUUCAACUAUGGUAUCAAAUUGCUGGUAUACUCACAGCCAUAGCAUUUGCUGCUAUCUGUACUGCUGGAAUUCUUUAUCCAUUGGAUUGGAUUAUUGGUAUUCGUUUAGCAAAAGAAGACGAACUCGAAGGUCUCGAUCUAGCUGCUCAUGGUGAAGGUUGGGAAGUUGUUGCAUCACGAGCUGUGGGUGAUUUGGUGAAAAAAGUAUUAGCCAAUCAACACACAACACGAAACGAAAUAUGUGACAACGGCACUUUUGAAUUACACUAUACUCCCACGGAUCCAACUAGACAAUCAUUUAAAGUCAAUAUUCCAAAUCUACCGAAGACGACGAACGAUUCAAUCAAUUCACCAUCAAUUAAUCAUCCCUAA